AUGGAAGCUGUCUCCAUAGAAAACCAAACUACUACUGAAUUUGUCCUGCUUGGAUUCUAUGACAUCCCUGAACUGCAUCUCCUUUUCUUUAUUGUGUUCACUGUUGUCUACGCCUCCAUUAUCACAGGGAAUAUGCUAAUCAUUGUGGCAGUGGUUAGCUCCCAGAGGCUCCACACACCCAUGUAUUUCUUUCUGGCUAAUCUGUCUUUCCUGGAGAUCCUCUACACCUCCUCAGUGGUGCCAAAAAUGCUGGAGGGCUUCUUGAAGGAGGCAGUCAUUUCUGUGGCUGGUUGCUUGCUUCAGUUCUUUAUCUUCGGCUCUCUAGCCACAGCUGAAUGCUUCCUGUUGGCUGUUAUGGCAUAUGAUCGCUACUUGGCAAUCUGCCACCCACUCCGCUACCCACUCCUAAUGGGGCCCAGAUGGUGCUUGGGGAUGGUGGUCACAGCUUGGCUGUCUGGUUUCAUGAUAGAUGGACUUGUUGUGGCUCUGAUGUCACAGCUGAGGUUCUGUGGCCCUAAUCACAUUGACCACUUUUACUGUGACUUCAUGCCUUUGGUGGAGCUGGCUUGUUCAGAUCCCAGGGUGGCCCAGGUGAUGACCUUCAUUCUCUCUGUGGUCUGCCUCACUGUUCCCUUUGGACUGAUUCUGACAUCGUAUGGCUGGAUACUGGUGACUGUGCUAAGAGUUCCUGCAGGAGCCAGCAGGCGAAAGGCUUUCUCCACAUGCUCCUCACACGUAGCUGUAGUGUCCACAUUCUAUGGAACUCUCAUGAUCUUGUAUGUUGCGCCUUCUGCUGUCCACUCCCAGCUCCUUUCCAAGGUCUUUGCUCUGCUCUACACUGUGGUCACCCCCAUCUUUAAUCCUGUGAUCUAUACCCUGAGGAACAAGGAGGUUCAUCAGGCACUGUGGAGACUUCUUUAUAUUAAGCAAACCGAAAUAUUUGAUUGA